CACUGAACAGAGCCAGUUGUCAGUUUGACAAUCUCUUUUGAAGUUUAACAUGGGGGAAUAAUGGACUGCUGAAUUUGCUUCUGUUUUCUGCGAGGUUAACAAAUAGCUGGGCAGAAUCGUGACAAAGACAGACAGAUUGUUCUGCUGCAUUGCUCGCACGGGAAUUUAUGGGAUAUGUGUGUCUGAGGCUUCACUAUCUGGAAGAAAAAUGCAGCAUCUCUUACUUAUUCUCCAGCUGGAGUGGCUGGAUCUUUUGGCAGCUUUGUGCAAAUCAAACUGCAGCAGCAGCAGGGAAAAUGUUCUUGGAGGAGAAGGCAAAGGAUCAGCCCAACAGACAGUGCUGAGAGCUACGAGAUGCCAAACUUUGCAGCAAGCCAAAUAGCAACAUUAUUCCGAAGGCAACGGGAGCAAAGCUGGACAAGAUGGGGAUGUUUGUUUUACUGCUAUACACCUUCCUGUACGCAGGGGACCUGGGCCAUGGAGCAGAGAAAAGUUUCCCUGUUUUAAAUAUUGCAGUCAUUUUGGGAAGGACUCGCUACAUCACUGAGAGGGACAUACGCUCUCUAUGGACAAGGGAUAUGUCCUUGGACUUUGACGUCAACGUGGUGACCUUGCUUGUGAACCAAACUGACCCCAAAAGCAUCAUCACCCAUGUGUGUGACCUCAUGUCAGGCACCAAGAUUCAUGGGGUGGUGUUUGGAGAUGAUACCGACCAAGAGGCAAUAGCUCAGAUUUUGGAUUUUGUUUCAUCUCAGACUUUCAUCCCAAUUUUAGGGAUUCAUGGUGGAUCCUCAAUGAUUAUGGCAGACAAGGAUGAAAUGUCCACUUUCUUCCAAUUUGGAGCUUCUAUCAAGCAGCAAGCCACUGUCAUGCUGAAUAUUAUGGAAGAAUAUGAUUGGCAUGUAUUUUCCGUCAUAACAAGCAAUUUUCCUGGAUAUCGAGACUUUAUAAGUUUCAUUAAGACCACUGUGGACAAUAGUUUUGUUGGCUGGGAAGUUCAGAAUUAUAUUACUUUGGAUACAUCAUAUACAGAUGCACAAACACUAACACAGCUGAAGAAAAUCCAUUCUUCUGUUAUUCUCCUUUAUUGUUCAAAGGAUGAAGCAACUUACAUUUUUGAGGAGGCCCGUUCCCUUGGCCUUAUGGGAUAUGGUUUUGUCUGGAUCGUGCCUAGCCUAGUAACAGGAAACACAGAUAUAAUACCAUAUGAGUUUCCAUCUGGUUUGGUGUCUGUGUCAUAUGACGACUGGGAUUAUGGUAUAGAAGCUAGAGUGAGGGAUGGCCUUGGAAUUAUAACCACAGCAGCAUCAGCAAUGUUGGAAAAACAUUCGGUGAUUCCUGAAGCGAAAACAAGUUGUUAUGGCCAGAAUGAAAGAAAUGAUCCACCACUUCAUACUCUUCACAACUUCAUGAUAAAUGUAACUUGGGAUGGCAAGGAUUUGUCCUUUACAGAAGAUGGAUAUCAAGCAAAUCCCAAACUAGUGGUUUUAUUGCUGAAUAUGGAAAGAGAGUGGGAAAAGGUGGGGAAAUGGGAGAAUAAAAGCUUAAACAUGAAGUAUCCAGUGUGGCCCAGGAUUACAGCUUCUUUGGACAGUGACCAUGAUGACAACCAUUUAAGCAUUGUCACUUUAGAAGAAGCUCCAUUUGUGAUUGUUGAAAAUAUUGACUACCUGACAGGAACGUGCGUGAGAAACACUGUGCCAUGUAGAAAGUAUUUCCGGUUAAAUAACUCAACAACUGAAGGUACAUCAGUGAAAAAAUGUUGCAAAGGAUUCUGUAUAGAUAUUUUAAAGAAACUUUCAAAGACUGUGAAAUUCACUUAUGACCUUUAUCUGGUUACUAAUGGGAAGCAUGGGAAAAAAAUCAAGAAUGUUUGGAAUGGAAUGAUUGGUGAAGUGGUUUAUAAACGAGCAGUUAUGGCCGUGGGUUCACUCACAAUUAAUGAAGAGCGUUCAGUAGCAGUUGAUUUCUCAGUUCCAUUUGUUGAAACUGGAAUUAGUGUUAUGGUAUCACGUAGCAAUGGCACCGUUUCUCCAUCAGCUUUUUUAGAACCGUUUAGUGCUUCUGUCUGGGUGAUGAUGUUUGUGAUGCUUCUCCUUGUGUCUGCAAUGGCUGUUUUCAUAUUUGAGUACUUUAGCCCAGUAGGCUAUAACAGGAACUUAGCACAAGGGAAAGAUCCGCAUGGACCUUCUUUCACAAUUGGAAAAGCUGUAUGGCUGCUGUGGGGUUUGGUCUUCAAUAAUUCAGUACCUGUGCAAAAUCCAAAGGGCACAACCAGCAAAAUCAUAGUGUCAAUUUGGGCUUUUUUUGCUGUGAUAUUUUUGGCAAGCUACACUGCUAACUUGGCUGCAUUUAUGAUUCAAGAAGAAUUUGUUGAUCAGGUUACUGGACUUAGUGAUAAUAAGUUUCAAAGGCCUCAUGAUUAUUCUCCUCCAUUUCGCUUUGGCACGGUUCCAAAUGGCAGCACUGAAAGAAAUAUUAGAAAUAAUUAUCCUGAUAUGCAUCAAUACAUGGUUAAAUUUCAUCAAAAAGGAGUGCAAGAUGCUUUAGUCAGCUUAAAGACUGGUAAGCUGGAUGCAUUUAUCUAUGAUGCAGCAGUGCUGAACUACAUGGCUGGAAGGGAUGAAGGCUGUAAGCUGGUGACAAUUGGCAGUGGCUAUAUCUUUGCUACUACUGGCUAUGGUAUAGCUCUCCAGAAGGGUUCAAGAUGGAAACGUCCUAUUGAUUUAGCUCUUCUACAGUUUGUUGGAGACGGUGAAAUGGAAGAAUUAGAAAAAUUGUGGUUAACUGGAAUCUGCCAUACUGAGAAAAAUGAAGUCAUGAGUAGCCAGCUAGAUAUCGACAACAUGGCGGGAGUAUUCUACAUGCUUGCAGCAGCUAUGGCUUUGAGUCUCAUAACCUUUGUAUGGGAACAUCUGUUUUACUGGAAACUACGCUUCUGUUUUACAGGAGUCUGUACUGGCACACCAGGGCUGCUUUUCUCAAUUAGCAGGGGCAUUUACAGUUGUAUUCAUGGAGUCCACAUAGAAGAAAAGAAAAAAUCUCCUGAUUUCAGUUUUACAGCGUCUCAAACAAAUAUGUUGAAACUACUGAGAGCAUCCAAAAAUAUAGCAAAUUUAUCCAAUUUAAAUCAAUCCCAGUGCAAUUCGCCCAAAAGAACAUCUGAUUACAUUCAAAGAAAUUCAUUAUUAACUGACAUGGUUUUAGAUAAAGGCAAUUUAACAUACUCAGACAACAGGCCAUUUCAACAAAAAGAUAUAUAUAGUGAAAAUACAUAUGAUCUUGCCAUGUUAUCUGCUAAUUGCCCCAAAGACAACCUUAACAACUAUGUUUUUCAGGGUCAGCACCCACUUACUCUUAAUGAAUCUAAUCCAAACACAGUUGAGGUUGCUGUAAGUGCAGAAGCGAAAGUAAACACCAGACCUAGACAACUUUGGAAGAAAUCAGUAGAAACCUUACGACAAACCCAGGGUUCAGUAAAUGAAAAUGGUACAGAAGAAUCAAAGUCAUCCAUUAAAAAUCAGCGCUUUCUUCCAGAGGAUGGUCAUUUUUCUGAUGUUUCAGAGGCAUCAAGUAGAGCCACAUGUCAUAUAGAUUCUGAAAACAAUAAUAAACAUCGUAAAAGUAAGGACAACUUAAAAAAGCGACCAGUGUCUGCCAAAUAUGCCAGAGAAUGCAGUGAGGUUGAACUGUCAUAUCUGAAAAUCAAACAUGGCCCUAAUCGUGACAAGGUUUACACAAUUGAUGGAGAUAAGGAGCCAAGCUUUAUAAUGGACCAGCCUAAAUAUAGUGAAAAUUCCCCUGACCAAGAUGAUGAAGAUUAUCCUGAUGUGUACCAAGAUCACAAUGAUAAUUAUAGGAAAACAGAACCUCUACAGUCAGAUAGAACUCCUUUGCAUAGUGAAGGUAGACUUCCAAAUAAUGACAUACAGUACAAAUUAUUUUCAAAGCACUACAAUUUGAAAGAAAAGAAUACAUCUAUGUCUGAUGCCAAUGAUAGACAUAGGCAAAAUUCCACUCACUGCAGAAGUUGCCUUUCUAAUAUGCCCAACUAUACUGGCCAUUACACAGCACGAUCCCCAUACAAGUGUGAUGACUGCCUUCAUACAGGGAAACUUUAUGAUAUUGAUGAAGAUCAAAUGCUGCAUGAGGCAGCCAACUCUAUGCAUUCUGAAGAUUUUUAUGAGCACAACUGGCUUGAAAAUAAUGCUCUACACUUUCAGAAAAAAAACAAGUUAAGAAUUAACAGGCAGCAUUCAUGUGACAACAUUAAUAAACCCAGGGAACAUGAUCUUGGAAGGCCACCACGUAGUUUAAGUUUGAAGGAGAAAGAAAGGUAUAUACAAGAAAAUCCAUUUGCUAAAUUUGUUAUUGUCCCACCUGAAAAACUGUUGGGGAACAAUGCUUCACUUUUUACAGACUCUUUAAAGGACAGUAAGAGAAGCAAGUCUCUUUAUCCUGAUAACUCCUCCGAUAACCCUUUCCUGCAUUCUUAUCAGGAGACUCAAAAACUAAGUCAUGGAAGAAGUUCUUCAGACAUUUAUAAACAAUCUUCCUUACCGAAAGCAAGAAAUGAUAACUAUUUAAGGUCAUCUAUUAAAUCUACUACUUCAUAUUCUUCAAGGGACGGACGGGUACCCGAUGACAUGUGUGUUUCUGAAUAUGCUCUGCCUUAUGUUACAAGCAACAAUAGUGUGUACUCAGCUCCACGGGUUGUAAAUUCCUGCAGCAAUAGACGUGUAUUUAAGAAAAUGCCGAGCCUUGAGUCUGAUGUUUAAAAUGUUUACUAUAUGUACCACAUUUUAUUCUAAAUGUUUCUUGUAGUUGCCAACAUUUUAGAGGCAAAAGUAGAAUUCUUAUACAAUGCUUUGGGAACUGCUAUAUGUGGUUUUUGCCUAUGUAAUAUACUGUAUAAUAGUUAAAGCAUACUGUAAAUUACAGUUUUUUGUCAACUUAGCCACAACAU